AUGAGUCUCCCUGAGUCAUAUGAAGUGGAUAUGCCACAAGAAAGGCAAUUAGCCAAUGUAGAAGAUCGACAUGAUGUGCCAAUUGUAGUGGACUACACAGAACAAUUUACCACAGACAUGGUUUUUACUACUCGGGAUGAGCUUUUGGAUUGGGCUAAGAAUGUAGGAAAGCAACUAGUCUUUGUGAUCAUUAUUAGAAGGUCUGAUUGUGGGAGCAAGGGCCGUGGGAGUAAAGGCAGACAGUUGGCUAUUUUGGUGUGCGAGAUGAGAGGCAAGUACAAACUGUACAAGCCUGUGUUGGUGUGGAAGGGGACAGGAACCAAGAAAUGUGGUUUUCCAUUCAGGCUCAAGGCGAGAUACACAUCAGAAGAUGGUUUGUGGAGGUUGACUGUAGUACGUGGCGACCACAACCAUGAGCCAGCCGAAACUCUGGUUGGCCAUGCUUAUGCCAGUCGCCUUACAAGUUAA